AUGGUAAAGGUAGCAGUUUCUAGAAAGCGUUCAUGGAUAUUUCCAAAUGAGCUCGAUUCUUCCUCCUCACCUGAGUAUUCUGAUGAGUGCCAAACUCAGUUUCAAGCUGACAUUCAGUAUAUUUUUUAUUAUGCUUUUAUAGUGAAGGAUCAACAGUAUUGGAAUAUCCCUCCCUACAUCUCCAACUGGAAGAACCCCAAGGGUUACACUAUACCGCUCGACAAGCGUCUGGCGGCCGACGGACGGGGGCUUCAGGAUGUUCAUAUCAGCUACAAAUUUGCGAAAUUGUCGGAGGCUCUGUAUGUUGUGGAGCAAAAGGCCAAGGAGGUUGUUGUUGUCCGGUCUAAGGUACAGAAGGAGAUGAUGAUGAAAGAGAUGGAGCUUCAAGAGUUGGCCCGCAAGGCUCGAUCAGAAAGGACUGGUGUUGUAGUUGUGCCUACGCCCUCCGAGAAGACUAAUAAUGAUGUAUUAAUCAUUUGUGAGCCUCUCCCCGAGUUGCCCAUGCUUUCUCUGAUUUUCUGUGUGACGACUUUGCUGUUUUAA